CGAUGAAUUUUCUUUCUACAUUUCUCUCCCACGUUCAGAAGUAAACUCCGGAUUUCUCUCCCACCGAAUCAACCACGUUCUCUCUUUCCUUGUUGAAAUGGAGAGAUCUUCGAUCUUCAUCCCUACGAUAUCUACCAGAAUCCUCACUGCACUUUUCGUUUCCAUUGAUGAUGGUUCAUCAAUGCAAACAGACCAACCAUUUCCCAAACAGGGAUUUGCUCCACUAUGUCCAGACGAGUCCAAACCUAGGGUCGGUAUGCUUUUUCCAAAUAUAGAAGAUGGAAUUGCGUUCUACAAUAAUUAUGCAGCGUUGGUUGGUUUUGACACACGGAAAAGCACUUCAACGAAGUCACGGGAUGGUGUUAUUGUUUGGCAGUAUGUUGUUUGCAACCGGGAGGGUCGAAAAAAUGUUUCUUCCAUGCCCAGGCCACUAGCACAAGACCGUGAAGAUUCAAACCCUAUUCCCAAAAAAAAGAGGAGAUGCAUCUCAAACCGCAUUGGAUGCAAGGCACGGGUGACAUUGAGACUAUCUGGCAAUGUUGGAUAUUCCAUUGUAUUUUUCGGAGAACACCACAAUCACCCUAUGGUGUCCGCUCCCUGUAGGCCAUUUUUGAAAUUGAAUAGGAAUCUUGACACUGGACACAAGAAAUUUAUGUUGAAUUGUGCAAAGGCUAAUAUUGGUACAAUGAAGUCUUACCGCCUGUUUAAAGAAUCUGUAGGUGGGUAUGACAACGUUGGAGCUACCGCAGUGGAUUUCAAGAACUUUAAGCGAGAUCUUAAAGCUUACAUAGCUGGUGGUGAUGCACAAAUAGUCAUUGACAAGCUUUUCAGGAAGCACGAAACAUGUUCUGCAUUUUUCUUUGAGUAUGAUGUCGACGAAAGUGACCAACUUACAAGGCUAUUCUGGUGUGACCCCGUUGCUAGGAAGAAUUAUUCGUUGUUCGGGGAUGUUGUCUCAUUCGAUGCAACUUACGAGACAAACAGGUAUCCUGGUCAUGGUUGCACAGUAGCAAGACCUUUAUGUUCUUUCAAUGUUUACACCAUUGCUCAAUUGUCUUACACUUUCAUGUUUAAAUCAGAUGUCCUCCAUUUAUGCAGAUACAAUAUGAUUUUCGCUCCAUUCACGGGCGUAGACAAUCACUGUAAGUGCGUUACUUUUGGGGCUGGUUUGCUAACUAGGGAGGAUGACGAGUCAUAUGCAUGGCUAUUUCGUUGUUUCUUAAAUGCUAUGGGAAAUGCCCCGAAGUGCAUCAUCACUGACCAAGAUCCUUCAUUGCGAGGUGCAACCCAAAAGGCAUUUCCCCAAACUUCACACCGGUAUUGUAUGUGGCAUAUAAUGAAAAAAGUUGGUGGUAAAGUGGAUGACGAAUUGGCUAAAGAUUCAGAGUUUCUGACAAAAUUGAAUGCAAUUGUUUGGAGUCAUUAUCUUGAGCCUAUAGAUUUUGAAAAGAAAUGGCAUGAUCUGAUGGCUGCGUAUAAUUUAGACAAUCAUAAAUGGUUUCAAAAACUAUUUGAAAUACGUUUCUCUUGGAUCCCCGCGUACUACAGAGAUCUGUUCAUGGGUGGCUUAUUACGCACCACAUCACGGUCAGAAAGUGAAAACAGCUUCUUUGACGAUUUCACAGGACAGAAUUUUAGUCUUGUAGAACUUCUUAUGCAGUUUGAAAGUGCUAUGGACUCUCAACGGCAUAAAAAUGCUGACUUGAAUGCUGAUGAUGAAGCUUGUUACCCUGAAUUCAAGACUCCGUUGGACAUUGAGCACCACGCAGCAUCUGUUUACACAAUAACAAUUUUCUACGAGGUACAAAUGGAGAUAUCCGCAGCUUGCUUUUCUUGCCGUGUACUUCAUGUCGAUGAACUAGAUGGCCAACAGAUCCCCGACAUGUACAUUACGAGCAGGUGGUGUAAAACAAGAUUUAUUAAGCCCAUGUACGAUGUGCCCGAUGCAGAUUUUGAAGCUCUAUCCGCAGUCGAAGAAAAGAAAAUUGCAUUAAACCGCUUGUGGUCAGAUCUUUACUAUUGUGUUUCUGCCGUUGAGCAAAAGCCAGAUUUGUUGGGUGGAUUUUCAAAGAUUAUUCGUCAACAGAAGGACAUCCUCGAAGCCGCGCUACGGUCGGGUGUUGUAAAUACUCAGAACAGCAUCUUUGAAUGUUAUUACGGAGUACCUGCCCCGGCCAAUAUAACAGUUCUACCACCGCAACCUGUACACAACAAGGGAAGUGGCAAGAGAAUCAAAAGUGCAAAAGAGUUGAGCAUUGAACAAUCAAAGAAGAAUAAACGAAUGUGCAGAAAAUGUCAGCAACUUGGGUAUCAUGACAGUAGGAAUUGCCCUAAAAACAUUUCAGGGUGAUUGCAUUAGACUUUAUUUGUAAUGUUCUUAAUUUUAUUUCCUUUAUUCAAACUUUCAUUAUGCUCUCAAUACAUCGUGUGGGUUGAAUUAACAGCUUUGCAAUUG